AUGGCUAACGAGGCCGGUCGAAAUGACCAAGAACAAGAAUUUCAAUUAAUGAUUUCUCGUUUAGUUUCUCGCCGCGGCCAAUUAAAAGGUCAACUAACGCGGUUUAAAAAAUUUGUUGCUGAUUCAAACAAUAAUUCAAAAAUCACAGAAAUUUCCACUCGUAUGCAAAGAAUGGAACUCAUCUUUGAUGAAUUUAACAAGGUUCAAACCGAAAUUGAGCAAUAUGAUGAAUCCGAACAAAAUUUCUCCGAGCGAGUCACCUUUGAAGAUGAUUAUUAUGAAACGGUAGCAAAGGCAAAAGAAUUCGUCGGUCAAUUUGAAACAUUCAAUGUUAAAUUGCCACCUUUGUCUCUGCCCGAAUUUGACGGCAGUUAUGAUAAAUGGUUAACAUUUUACGAUGCAUUUUCGGCUCUCAUCCAUAAUAAUCCUAAUUUAGGUAACAUACAAAAGUUUUACUAUCUCCAAACAACGUUAAAAAAAGAAGCAAUAAAAAUUAUAGACUCUCUGGAGGUAACAGAUUCGAAUUAUCCUGUGGCUUGGGAGUUAUUGAAGGAGAGAUAUCAAAAUAAAAAAUUUAUAAUAAAAGACCACAUAAAACAAAUCUUUGAUUUGCCAAAUGUAAAUAGAGACUCCUUUGAAUCUCUACGAUUUUUUGUAGACAAUUUACAAAGGCACUAUCGAGCUUUGCGUAAUUUAAAAGAACCAGUAGAACAAUGGAGUACAAUUUUAAUUCAUCUAUUAUUAUCUAAAUUAGAUGCAAAUUCUAGGAAAGAGUGGGAGAUUGAAACUAAAGACGUAGUGUCACCAACUUCAGAAACAUUCAUUCAAUUUUUGAUCGAUAGAUGUAAACUACUCGAAUCUAUCGACAAUAAAUAUCUGAACAAACCCUCUUCUUCAAAUUAUCAGAAUACAUAUCACAAAUCUGCUACAACAAAGAUACAGAGUAAUAUUUCUACAAGGCUUCUAGCUUGUAUUUUUUGCAAAGGAGAUCACGUAAUUUAUUAUUGCAAUGAAUUUUUAAAACUUUCUAUUUCAGAUCGUAUCAAUACAAUACGUAAACUUAAAGCUUGCACUAAUUGCCUUCGACUAGGACAUAAAGUUUCGAAUUGUCAAGGAAGUUCAUGCAGAAUUUUUGAUAAAAAACAUAAUAGUUUACUGCAUUUAUCUAUUACUAAUAAAAACUCACAUCAAAAUUGCGACAUUACUGAUAAACAUAAUAUUUCCAAUAAUGGAGCGCACGCCUCUGUUAAUAAUUCUUCACAGAACUUGCCAAUCAAGUCUGAUGAAAAACGAGUCGAAAGAAAUGAUAGUAAACAAAGUGUUGUUGCUUGUGCUCAAAAUAUUUUAACUUUAACUGCUUACGAUAACGAUUCAUUUGUUUUACUUACAACCGCACUUUUAAAAAUUGAAAAUAAAGACGGCGAAUCCAUGAUUUGUCGAGCGUUUUUAGAUGCCGGUUCUCAGUCAAAUUUCAUGAGUCAGGAAUUAUUUGAAAGAUUGAAUAUUCAAGGGACAGAUGUUCAUAUAAAAGUUAUAGGAAUAAACGGCAAUAUAAGUUUUAUUAAUAAUGUUAUUAAAACACGAAUUAAAUCUAUAAACUCCAAUUAUAAUGUUAAUUUACAAUUUUUGGUAUCCAAUCAGAUAACGACUGACACACCCCACAUGGACUUUGAUACGUCUCAUCUCAAAAUUCCUAAUAAUAUUGAUUUGGCAGAUCCACAAUUUAAUGAAUCCAGUAAAGUUGAUAUACUUUUGGGUGCCGGUAUUUUUUAUCGCUUAUUAUUACCCGGUCAAAUUUUUCUAGGAAAGGGUCGUCCUAUUCUACAAAAUACAGAACUCGGUUGGAUUGUAGCAGGUACAAUCAGUUGUCCGAAUAUAAAUAAUAGAAAUUUUUCUGUGUGUAACUUGUCAAGGUCAAUGAACAAUCUUGAAAAGGGAUUAGAGAAAUUUUGGUUGAUAGAAGAAAUUCCGUCUUUGAAAAAUAACUAUACCGAGGAAGAAAAUGAAGUAGAGAGUCAUUUUCAACAGACUUAUAGUCGUGAUAAUUAUGGUAACUUUAUUGUCCGCUUACCUUUUAGGGACAAUCUAGAGCAGUUGGGCGAAUCAUAUGAUAUCGCAGUCAAUAGAUUUCAAUCCUUGGAAAGAAAACUCGGUAAAAAUCCUACAUUGAAAGAAAAUUAUAGUAGUUUUAUGAAUGAAUAUAUUAACUUAGGACAUAUGUCUGAAUUAAAUAAUUUUAAUUUCAAUUUACAGCCAAGCUUUUUCUUACCUCACCACGCUGUAAUAAAAGAGUCCUCAAUGACCACGCGACUUCGUGUUGUUUUUGACGCCUCCAGUAAAUCCACUUCGGGUUUAAGUUUAAACGAUAUAUUAAAAACAGGACCUUGCAUCCAGGAUACGUUAUUCUUUAUCUUAUUACGUUUUCGAUUAUUUCCGAUUGUAGUUUCCGCGGACAUCGCUAAGAUGUAUCGAUGCGUUAAAAUACAUGAGAACGAUACAAAGUUUCAAUUAAUACUCUGGCGCAAUAAUACUACAGAUCCUUUGAAAAUUUACAAGUUACUCACGGUAACAUAUGGGAUGAGCCCUGCCUCUUUUUUAGCUACUCGUUGCUUAAAACAGUUAGCUCUUGAUAAUGAAAUCAAUCAUCCUGAGGCUGCUCAAUCUAUUUUAAAGGAUUUUUACAUGGACGACUACUUAGUCUCCGUAAAGGAUAUUAAAUCUGCAUGUUUUUUAAUAAAAGAUGUAUAUAACAUUUUACUGUCGGGCGGAUUCCGUUUACGCCAAUGGUCUUCAAAUAAUCAGCAAAUUUUGAAUUUUGUUUCACAAUUAGAUCCCUCUACUAAAACAGAUUAUAUUAUUAAGGACGAACAAAGUUGCAGUAAACCUUUAGGUACGGUCUGGAACUCUUCAGAGGAUAUUUUAAAAUAUGUUACAAAUCCCGAAUCUGGUCCAGAUCACUACAAGAUCUUCACAAAGAGACGAAUUUUAUCCGUUAUCAGUCAAAUCUUUGAUAUUCUAGGUCUUAUAGGUCCCGUUAUUACGCGCGCGAAAUUAUUUAUGCAAAAAUUGUGGGGUUUAAAAAUAGGUUGGGAUGAUCCAGUACCCGACAAUGUUCUAAUUUCGUGGCUACAGUUUUACAAUAGUUUGAAAAUAAUUGAAAAAUUAAAAAUUUCACGACAUAUUUUAAUAACAGAUUUCAUAUCCAUAGAAAUGCAUGUCUUUACCGACGCUUCUCAGUACGCUUAUGGUACUGCAAUUUAUUUCAGGUCCAUGAAUUCAUUGGACACAGUAAAUGUAAAUCUAGUUUGUUCCAAAUCUAGAGUUGCUCCUUUGAAAGUAAUUUCUAUCCCUCGAUUAGAGCUUUGUGCCGCAUUGUUAGGUGUUGAAUUAGCGCACACAGUAAUAAAGGCAACAGAAAAUGAAAUUAAAAUUGAUAAAAUAUUUUACUGGUGUGAUUCGACCAUUGUGUUGGCUUGGAUAUCAUUGGAAUCCAGUAAACUCAAAACGUUCGUCGCAAAUCGCGUAUCAAAGAUACAGACUUUUUCCCAUAGUCACCAGUGGCGUUACAUACCAACGGAUUUGAAUCCAGCUGACUACAUAUCUCGAGGUGUCCACCCAGGAGAAAUACAAGAAUUCGAUUCGUGGUUCUUUGGUCCUAAAUUCCUUUUAAGUAGCAAUCAAUAUUGGCCUAAUAACAUUGAAACUCAAUCAAAUACCGAUUUACCUGAAUUGAAACAGCCGCCCAACAAAAUAUUGUUAACCAAAGAAUGUGUUAAAUUUGACGUCUUUUAUAAAUAUUCUUCGUUUAAUAAAUGUAUUCGUAUAAUCGCCUACCUUUUGCGAUUUAAAAAUAACUUAAAGGUUAAGCCCAAGCAGAGAGAUUUAAAUAAGCUUAAAAUUUCCGAAUUAGACGAAGCUAAAAUAAUUUUAAUUAAACAUUUUCAACGCAAACAUUUUGCUAUUGAAAUCAAAGAUUUAUUAAGACACAAACAAGUUUCAAAAAAGAGUAAACUCUUCCGCUUGAGUGUUUUUCUCGACGAGAGGGGUACAAUAAGAGUCGGGGGACGAUUGAAAAAUACUAAUUUAAAUUUUGACAAUAAACAUCCAAUUAUUCUGCCUGCAAAAUGCCACUUAACAUCUCUUAUUGUGAGAAAUUAUUGGCCUAUGCAAGGUCGAAAUUCAGUUAGAGGAAUUUUAAGAAAAUGCGUUAUUUGUUUUAAAGUAUCACCUUCUGCAGGCCUUCAAAAAAUGGGUGAUCUACCGUCAACCCGAAUACAACCUUCUAGAAUAUUUUCUGUACUUGGAGUAGACUAUACGGGUCCAUUCUUAAUUAAAAAUAGUUUUUUGCGAAAUACCAAAUCGAUAAGGGCAUGGAUAUGUAUUUUUAUACGUUUUGCUUCUAAGGCCAUACAUAUCGAACUGGUAACUGAACUAUCAACUAAUAGUUUCUUGAAUGCGUUUAAAAGGCUAAUCGCUCGCAGAGGUUUUCCUUCGGAAAUCUAUUCGGACAAUGGGUCCAAUUUUGUCGGUGCGUCCAAUCUUAUAAACGAAAUCAAAGAUGAUGUAUUCCAAAAUUUUCUAAUUGACAAUCGCAUUAUUUGGCAUUUCAUACCACCGCGAUCUCCGCAUCAUGGCGGAUUGUGGGAAAGCGCUGUACGACUCACAAAAUAUCAUUUAAAGCGAGUUUUACAGAACACUCUUCUAACUUACGAGAAUUUCUAUUCUUUAUUGGUUCAAAUUGAAUCUAUAGUAAACUCACGCCCUCUGACUCCGCUUAGUGAAGAUCCAGACGACUCGGACGUUUUAACACCUGGACAUUUUAUAAUUGGUGCUCCUCUAACUUUCUUACCAGAAAAGUCAUUAGACGUUAAACAUUCUAGGUUAAGUUGUCGCUAUAAACAAUUGCGAGCUUUAUUUGAACAGUUUUGGAGGAGCUGGUCUCGCAGUUAUCUACAGACUCUUCAAGAACGCCCUAAAUGGCAAGUUGCAAAUGACAUUUAUAAGGUCGGUCAAUGCAUCGUGUUACAUGAUGAUGCUGCUCCAUUAGCCUGGAAGAUUGGAAGAAUAAUGAACGUGCAUCCUGGUGCUGAUGGGCACAUUCGAGUGGUAACUGUUAAAGUGAAAAACGCUAUAUUUAAACGUCCUGUCACUAAAAUCAGUGUUUUGCCUAUUUAUGAUCAAUCCUAA